UCGACUUUUGCUUGGUUGGUUGUUCUUAUCGUUGUUGGCUUGUUGCUUCCUCUACCUUUGUUUCUGUUGUUGCAGAAGAGCGGAGACGACGAUUUCCGACCGAUCUCUUCUGCAACAACCGGCUUCUUCUUUUCGUCAAUGCUGCUGUUCUGCGCAUCUCUCUAUUCAGUUUCAGGUUGAAAUGCGGGUCAACGAUUCAGGAUUUCCCCCACCAGAUAUUUCAUUCGAGGAUCAUAGAGUUCUCUUCAAACUAUAUUCCAGAAAUGAAUAUUUGGUCACACACGCUUGGAAUUUAAUCUGAAUUGCCAACUGUCUUCUCUGAGAUAAUUCCAUUGACCGCGGUUGAGAAAAUUAUGGUUGUCAUUACCUGUAAAAAGGACAUCAGCACAUACGUGCUGCAAAUGACAGGGAUGGGGACUUAUUCCUUGAGGGUCCUGCCUUGAUCAUCAACUAGCUUGGAAGUUUACCCAACAGACAUUUCAAAGACACUGAUCUGCAGCACAUUUUUGUGGCUGAUUAAGAAUUAAUAUAUGAUCUUUUAAGAGAGGUUGUCAUCUCAUGAAGACAAUAUCACUUGUUAUUGGAACUAAGUAAUCAUAAUGGGUGGCUGUGUAUCAGCACCAAGGAAAAGAAUUAGACCCCGGAGAAAGUACUGUCAUAGAUCCUGCAAAUGCCGUGGAAAGAUUUCUGCUUGUGUCCCUGAUGUACCCACUAAAAGGCUUAGUGAUACAGGAAAUCAUGUGACAGAUUUUUCUGUAAGCAAAUUUGUUCAUGUGGAUUUUGACAAGGGUGCAACAACCAAAUGCAGGAGAUCCGAGGUUUCCAAUUUGACAUUCCAUCACACCCAGGUGCAGUGGCAUCACAGUCAAUUUGAUGGAAACGUUAUAUGCCAAGAAGACGCGUGGUAUGAUUCUCUCAGUAUUCUUGAAUCAGACUCUGAUGAUGACUUCAUUAGUGUGCAUGGAGACUGUUUCCCUUCUGUGGGAAAUGCAGUUGGGAACAUCUCAAACACCCAAGUGCUUCAGUAUGAGGCUGCAUCAUGUUAUGUUGAUACUGGGUGUAAAUAUGAGGGAUUCUAUGAAAGUUACCUGAAAAUAGAUGCAGGUAAAUCUGUGAACAAAGAGGAAUACAAUGAAGCAGAUGGAUUUGCAGUUGUAAGCGCCCAAGGUUAUGAGCUUUCUUACUUAGGGAAGGCCAAUGGUGUCUGCACAAAGAGGAAUAAAGUACUAGAUGAUCCGUAUGAAAGUUUUAAUGGUCUAAAGGAGGAUAAACAAGAUUCUGAAGUAAAAACUCAAGAAAGCACUUUGAAGUCUUGUUUACCUCGGUUGGUUACUACUGUCAGUUUCAAUGACAAGAAUCACCCUCCAUCAAGUCCAGGCCCACAAUCGCAAAGGAAGAAGUCAGCAGUUGUCAAGCUUUCUUUUAAGAGGAGAUCCUAUGAUGGAGAUGAAAUGACUAAAUUUUGUUCUUCGAAGAGAAUCUUAUAUCGUCCCAGAGCCGGACUUCUGAUUCCACAUUCAACGGGAGAGAAGCCAACGCCAGGAUGUUGGUCCUCUGUCUCACCUUCAGUCUUUAAGCUUCGCGGAGAAAACUAUUUCAAAGAUAAACGGAAAUCCCCAGCUUCUGACUGUAGUCCGUAUACCCCAAUUGGUGUUGAUUUAUUUGUAUGCUCAAGAAAGAUAAAUCAUAUUGCCCAGCACCUUGAGCUCCCCUCGGUGAAAGCACAUGAGAAAGUACCGUCACUCCUCAUCAUUAAUAUUCAGAUACCUACUUAUCCUGCUGCCAUGUUUCUUGGCGAAAGUGAUGGGGAAGGGAUGAGCCUUGUAUUAUAUUUUAAAGUUUCUGAGAAUUUUGACAAAGAGAUAUCACCUCAUUUUCAGGAUUGCAUCAAGAGAUUUGUUGAGGAUGAAAUGGAAAAGGUUAAAGGGUUUCCAAAGGAAUCCACAGUUCCUUUUAGAGAAAGACUAAAAAUCAUGGCUGGUUUGGUUAACCCAGAUGACCUUAACUUAAGUUCUACUGAGAGGAAGCUCUUACAUGCUUACAAUGAAAAGCCAGUGUUGUCUCGUCCUCAACACAAUUUCUACAGGGCUUCCAAUUACUUCGAGAUAGACCUGGAUAUACACCGCUUCAGCUACAUAUCUAGGAAGGGACUUGAAGCAUUUAGAGAACGUUUGAAAGAUGGGGUAGUUGACCUGGGUUUAACUAUUCAGGCUCAGAAACCAGAGGAACUGCCGGAGCAAGCCCUGUGCUGUGUGAGAUUGAACAAAAUCGAUUUUUUAAAUCACGGCCAGAUACCUACAAUUAUGACAAUUGAUGAUGAUUAGUUUUGGAGAGUGAGAUGUCAGGGCUCGCAUUAGAAGUCAUGAGGCAGUGUUGAUGGAGGGGUGAAGAAAGUCCACCUCUGCAAACAUUUGGACUUGCACUUCCAGCC